AUGGAGCCGCCCGGCGGGGGCCCGGGGCCCGGCCGUGGGACCCGGGAUAAGAAGAAGGGCCGGAGCCCGGAGGAGCUGCCUGCGGCGGGCGGCGACGGCGGCAAAUCCAAGAAAUUUACUCUGAAGCGGCUCAUGGCAGAUGAGCUGGAGAGAUUUACCAGCAUGAGAAUUAAGAAGGAGAAGGAAAAGUCCAAUUCUGCUAAUAGAAAUUCUUCUGCAUCAUAUGGGGAUGAUCCCACAGCACAGUCGUUGCAAGAUAUUUCAGACGAGCAAGUUCUAGUACUUUUUGAACAGAUGCUGCUGGAUAUGAACCUGAAUGAGGAGAAGCAACAACCUUUGAGGGAGAAGGACAUUAUUAUCAAGAGGGAGAUGGUGUCCCAAUACUUGCACACCUCCAAGGCUGGCAUGAGCCAAAAGGAGAGCUCUCGGUCUCCCAUGAUGUACAUUCAAGAGUUGAGGUCGGGCUUGCGGGAUAUGCCUCUGCUCGGCUGCCUGGAGUCCCUUCGUGUCUCCCUCAACAACAACCCUGUCAGUUGGGUGCAAACAUUUGGUGCUGAGGGUCUGGCCUCCUUAUUGGACAUCCUUAAACGACUCCAUGAUGAGAAAGAGGAGACUCCUGGAAGCUAUGAUAGCCGGAACAAGCAUGAGAUCAUUCGCUGCUUGAAAGCUUUUAUGAACAACAAGUUUGGAAUCAAGACCAUGUUAGAUACAAAAGAAGGAAUCCUGCUGCUGGUCAGAGCCAUGAAUCCUGCUGUUCCCAACAUGAUGAUUGAUGCAGCUAAGCUGCUUUCUGCUCUUUGUAUCCUACCACAGCCAGAGGACAUGAAUGAAAGGGUUUUGGAGGCAAUGACAGAAAGAGCUGAGAUGGAUGAGGUGGAACGUUUCCAGCCACUGCUGGAUGGAUUGAAAAGUGGGACCUCCAUUGCACUCAAGGUGGGAUGCCUACAGCUGAUCAAUGCUCUCAUCACACCAGCUGAAGAACUUGACUUCCGAGUUCAUAUCCGAAGUGAGCUGAUGCGCUUGGGGCUGCAUCACGUGCUGCAGAACCUUCGGACGAUUGAAAAUGAAGAUAUGAGAGUGCAACUAGCUGUGUUUGAUGAGCAAGGGGACGAAGAUGCCUAUGACCUGAAGGGACGGCUGGAUGACAUUCGAAUGGAGAUGGAUGACUUCAGUGAAGUCUUCCAGAUUCUCUUAAACACAGUGAAGGAUUCAAAGGCAGAGCCGCACUUCCUGUCCAUCCUGCAGCACCUCCUCUUGGUCCGAAAUGACUACGAGGCCAGACCGCAGUACUAUAAGUUGAUUGAAGAAUGUGUUUCUCAGAUAGUUCUGCGCAGGAAUGGGGCCGAUCCUGACUUCAGGUGCCGGCACCUCCAGAUUGAUAUUGAGCCAUUGAUUGAUCAAAUGAUUGAUAAAACAAAGGUAGAGAAAUCUGAAGCCAAAGCUACAGAGCUGGAAAAAAAGCUGGACGUAGAGUUAACAGCACGACAUGAGCUACAGGUGGAAAUGAAAAAGAUGGAAAGUGACUUUGAGCAGAAGCUCCGGGACCUUCAUGGAGAAAAGGAUAAUUUAGAUUCUGAAAAGCAAAAAAUUGCCACAGAGAAACAGGACCUGGAAGCAGAGGUGUCUCAGCUCACAGGAGAGGUUGCCAAGCUGUCCAAGGAACUGGAAGAUGCCAAGAAAGAAAUGGCUGCUCUCUCUGCUGCAGUUACUGCUGUAGCCCCUCCCAGCAGUGCUACUGUUCCCCCUGCCCCUCCUUUACCUGGUGACUCUGGCACUGUUAUUCCAACCCCAACCGAAGCAGGAGGGGUUAGCAUACCCCCCCAACCACCUCUUUCAGGGGCUGGUACUAUUCCUCCUCCACCACCUCCCCCUCCUUUACCUGGGGGUGUUUACAUCUCCCCACCCUCUCCUUUCCCUGCCAUCCCCCCACCUCCUCCUUUACCUGGGGGUGCUGCCAUUCCCCCACCCCCUCCUUUGCCUGGGAGUGCUGCCAUCCCCCCACCCCCUCCUUUGCCUGCGAUCCCCCCACCUCCUCCUUUACCUGGGGGUGCUGCCAUUCCCCCACCCCCUCCUUUGCCUGGGAGUACUGCAAUCCCUCCACCUCCCCCUUUGCCUGGGAUUGCUGGCAUCCCCCCACCUCCUCCCUUGCCUGGAGGACCAGGAAUACCACCUCCCCCUCCCCCUCCUCCUGGUGGUCCUGGAAUCCCCCCACCUCCUCCAUUUCCUGGAGGCCCUGGCAUUCCUCCACCUCCACCUGGAAUGGGUAUGCCUCCACCUCCCCCUUUUGGAUUUGGAGUUCCUGCAGCCCCAGUUCUGCCAUAUGGAUUAACCCCAAAGAAGCUUUAUAAGCCAGAGGUGCAGCUCCGGAGGCCAAACUGGUCCAAGUUUGUCGCUGAGGACCUUUCCCAGGACUGCUUCUGGACAAAAGUGAAGGAAGACCGCUUUGAGAACAGUGAACUUUUCGCCAAACUUACUCAUGCCUUCUCUGCCCAGACCAAGACCUCAAAAGCCAAGAAGGAUCAGGAAGGUGGAGAAGAAAAGAAAACUGUGCAAAAGAAAAAAGUAAAAGAGUUAAAGGUGUUGGAUUCAAAGACAGCCCAGAAUCUCUCCAUCUUUUUGGGUUCCUUCCGCAUGCCCUACCAAGAGAUUAAGAAUGUCAUCCUGGAGGUGAAUGAGGCCGUUCUGACUGAGUCUAUGAUCCAGAACCUCAUCAAGCAGAUGCCAGAGCCAGAGCAGUUAAAAAUGCUUUCCGAGCUGAAGGACGAAUACAACGAUCUAGCCGAGUCCGAGCAGUUUGGCGUGGUGAUGGGCACUGUGCCCCGCCUGCGGCCUCGCCUCAAUGCCAUCCUCUUCAGGCUGCAGUUCAGUGAGCAAGUGGAGAAUAUCAAGCCAGAGAUCGUUUCUGUAACAGCCGCAUGUGAAGAGUUGCGAAAGAGCCAGAACUUCUCCAGCCUUCUGGAGAUUACCUUGCUUGUCGGCAACUACAUGAAUGCUGGCUCCAGGAAUGCGGGGGCUUUUGGCUUCAAUAUCAGCUUCCUCUGUAAGCUUCGAGAUACCAAGUCCGCAGAUCAGAAGAUGACAUUGUUGCACUUCUUGGCUGAGUUGUGUGAGAAUGACUAUCCUGAUGUCCUCAAGUUUCCAGAUGAGCUCGCCCAUGUGGAGAAAGCCAGCCGAGUUUCUGCUGAAAACUUGCAAAAGAAUCUAGAUCAGAUGAAGAAACAAAUUUCUGACGUGGAACGUGAUGUUCAGAAUUUCCCAGCUGCCACGGAUGAGAAAGACAAGUUUGUUGAAAAAAUGACUAGCUUUGUGAAGGAUGCACAGGAGCAGUAUAACAAGCUGCGGAUGAUGCACUCUAACAUGGAGACCCUCUAUAAGGAGCUGGGCGAGUACUUCCUCUUUGACCCCAAGAAGCUGUCUGUGGAAGAAUUCUUCAUGGAUCUGCACAACUUUAAGACAAUGUUUGUGCAAGCAGUCAAGGAAAACCAGAAGCGGCGGGAGACAGAGGAAAAGAUGCGGCGAGCAAAGCUGGCCAAGGAGAAGGCAGAGAAAGAACGGCUGGAGAAGCAGCAGAAGAGAGAGCAACUCAUAGACAUGAAUGCGGAAGGUGACGAAACAGGUGUGAUGGACAGUCUUCUAGAGGCUCUGCAGUCAGGUGCAGCAUUCCGACGAAAGAGAGGACCCCGUCAGGCCAAUAGGAAGGCCGGGUGUGCAGUCACAUCUCUGCUAGCCUCGGAGCUGACCAAGGACGAUGCCAUGACUGCUGUUGCCUCCAAGGUGCCCAAGAUCAAUGAGGGAGUCCCCACAAUCCUGGAGGAAACCAAGGAGUUGGUUGGCCGAGCAAGCUAAGCUGGGCCCUGUGGCCACGCAGUUCCUCAGUGGAGCCCCAGACUGUCCUGCCCUGCAGCAUGUGCCUAAAGGGCCGUGGAGAUGUUCCUGUGGGGUGGCCGCUCCCUCCACCCUGGCCGUCUUUCUCUCUGGCCUGCUGCUCUCUGUCCAUCACUCACAGCUUCAGCUACCUGGAGGCCAGAAGGAAAGGGCAGUGUGAGGAGGCCUGAGCUCAACCCGGCCACCCCGGCUGUUGCAUAACCAAAGCAGGCCCCGUGUUUGCUGCCUUAACCCCAAGUGUCUCCUCUCUGUUACCCUGAGGCCUGUCUCAGACAAGGCCCCGCCUGCUUUCUCAGCCCCUGACUUUCUAGUGCGUUUCCCAUAGGAACAGUCUUGCUGGGUUUGUGCGUUUCUUUUGUGGUUUCUCUGGCCCUGAGAAGAGCAUGGGGCUUGUGAACCUUUGAGCUCUAUCCCUCCUUUCAUUGCUGUCACCUCUGCUCUGCUCUUUCUUCUCUUGGCUAUUGUUAUUUAUUAGUGGUGUGGCAUUGGGAGCGGCUUCUGAGAAAGUGAGGAGUAAAUCCCACCCUUACUCCACCUUCCUGAGAAAGACCUCCUCCCAAAACAAAAAAAAAGGACCCGAACCACGCUUGUCUGUUCCACUGUGGCCUAGGCCAGAGCCUGUGGGCAGGCAGGCAGGGCAUAGAGACAUUGUGGGACCUGCCCACGCCUGCGGCCCUGCUUAUGCCCUUGCCUCUCUGGGCCCUCUGCAGCAGCCCCAGGCUCUUGAGCCAUGGCCCCUCCUCGUGGCCCUCCCGGAGCUCUGGUGCAUCUCAUCUGGAGUAUGGGCUGUACUGUGACCGUCCCAGCACCUCACCCUCUGUCUCCAAGGAAAUGGGAGGUGGAGCCUCCUGGCUGAGAAAUUGUUUUGCAAAUGGAUCUAUUUUUGUAUGAGAUUUUUUUUUUUUUAAAGAAAAAUAACUCUUCCUUCCCCCUUUCCCCUCCAUAAUACAAGAGGCUUUGAUGGCAGGUUCCGAGUCCUGGGAUUUCUCCCCACAGGCCUCCAUCCUGGACCUCCACCUCAGCCCUCAGGCCUUCUGGGCCCUUGAGGCCAAUGCCGAUUCUCUCUCCAGCAUCCAGUUCUGGGGCAGGAGGAAGCUCUUCUCUGGUUGAGCCGAACCAGGCCUAAGAGUAGUGGGAGCUCUGAGACCACAGAGUUUUUAUAAAUUUAAUAUAUUUAUCAAGCCAAAUGUACAGAUGCUAACUGGACACUGGGGAAGUGGGCACAGGGAGUGCCCCCACACAUUGGACCCUUGCUCUCUUCUGAACAGUGGGCAGGCCAAACUGUUCGUGGUCCAAGCCACAGGAAGCUCAGACUCUGGCUCAAGGUGACACUUUGCCCUCCUUGUGCCCCCUUCAUCGUCCCACACCCAGGUAGGGAGAGAGAAUGGCACUGUUAGGGUUUGGCCCAGAACCAUGGUUGUUAGAGCAAGGGGGAACUUAGAAGAGACCUAAGGGCCUUGAUGAGGCCAGAAAGAAGGGUUCUGGCUACUAGAGCCUGUGUGUGAAGGGACAGCAGCAGUUCCUUUGAGCUAUUCCUGGAAAGACUGGUGUGAGGGGCCUGCUACUCCCUGGGUCCCCUCCCUCUCCCUGCUGACAUCUGGGGCUUUGACCCUUUCUUUUUUUAUCUACUUUUGCUAAGAUGCAUUUAAUAAAAAAAAGGGGGAAAAAAAGGGACAAAAUGCAAACCUCUCUCUCGCCUCUUGGGCUUCUGGGAUGUCAUCACCUCCAGUUUGUUGGGUUCGUUUCCAACUGUUAAUAAAGCAUUGAAACAGUACUGCCUUACA